UUUGUUGCUAUGGUGAUAGCGUUCUGGCUGAAAUGAAGGAGGAGCUGCGAGCAAUGAACGAUUCAGAAGUGCUUGAUUUUCGGGAGCUGGAACGGGAGUUGGCCAAUGCUGUGGCUGCAGAUGAGAAGUAUCAGAGGGAGAAUGCUGCUAAAUUUCGUGCCAUUCAUCAGAAAGUGGCAUCAUACGAAGAGUUCAGAGAUAUUGUUGCAGCUUCUAACCUGAAACCCUUGGAGUGGAAGGACAAGAUUGGAGGCGAUAGGAAGCAGCCAUGGAACCCGACUGCCACAACAAGCAGCUCGUCCAAAGAGCCGGCUCGUGCCGUGUUACAGGACUCAUUGUCAGAACCCAGAAAUGCAUUUGAAUUUUCCCGUGAUUGGCGCAGGAUAGAUAUGAAGAAAAAAUAUGACUUUCUUCUGAAAAUUGGGGCUGAGACGUUGUCCCAUAUCUUCCAUGCAGAGGUAUGCUCGGGUCUGCUGGGAGAGUUCCUGCUUGUGUUGGAGGAGCAUCUCCAGGACAGGCAGGUGACUGAGGUGAUGGAGAUAUUGCAGUGUUUGGCAAAGACUCCUCGCUUCAACCUCAACCUGGACUUCCUCGGUAAGACGGAGAUGGUGUGCUGCCAUAAGCUGUUGGAGAAGCUGCAAACCUUGCUAAAUGAUGAAAACGAGGAGGAUGGUAAACUGAAAUCAACGUUAAAGCAAUUAACAACUCUGUAUAAGGUCAAUGAGUCAAUAAACUAAUUUACAUAUUA